AUGCAACUCAAAUCUGAACCAGGRCUAGUCAGUUGCACGAAGGAUGGAUAUUUGUUUGUCACAAGGAUUUAUUUAUUUUGAUUAGGCGAUUUGAAUCCCGAGGGGAAUAGUUGAUCUAGAUUCGGUGGGGACGUUCCGMUGUKACCUCUAAAUUCUGUCGACCCUAUUCAUGACAAUAAAAAUUCCAUACGAUAUUCUAACAUGCCAAAUAAUGACAACCCUGCUCGUUAAUUAGAUCUAAUGAAAAACUGAAUUUCAUGUUUAUAUAUAUUAGAGUGGAUUGAAUUUAACAUGUUUCUCCUUUUUUCUAGGGUGRUCACAUAUUAUUAKMAAUAYUUAUCUACUUGCCUUCAGUGGUUUGCACUAUCCUUCUUUUGGGGGCUUACACAAUUUUCCUGUACCAAGAAAUGCGGAAGAUCUAUGMAAAUAGUACACAUCCARCAUGGAGGAAGAUAUUUAUGACCAAUGGGGAGAGAGAAGAGACUGUUGCAGAGGACAUCGAUCGCAUCCAUGUCUCGCUGUUACUURCAAACAAGCUCCAUAAGAAAAGAGCCCAGGUCAAGCACGAACCUUGGUAUGUCACUGCCAGACGAAGGAUUUACGAAAGCCGUCCAGAUUUUAAGUUUUCCACUCAGUUUCUGUCUGCGGUGACUGUGUCCUUUAUUUUCAUUUAUCAGUUAGCUGUGCUUUUUAUUUAUGCACUUUUAAUAUGCAAGAAAAAACUUGAUGCCAUAAAUCCAACAUCGCAGCUAGUACUAAUUUUGAAACUUGUUAUCGACUACAGUUUGGCUGCCAUUGUCGCUGCUUCUCUCAUUGCCACACUACAGCUAUUGUUUUUUAUCAAAAGCCACAGGUCUGAUGUGCUGGAAACAUACCGAACCACAGCGGGUCAACUGCCAGGCGAACGCAGCAAUCCUAAAAUGCUUGUAGGCAAAAGUCUUCGAUUUUGUGGAUAUCAAAUAGCAUUGACAGCAAUUGGUAUGCUGUUUGUUGCAUUGUCUAUUCUAUUUCUGCUCCUACCAAUUUUGGGAUUAAAGCUCAUCGACGAUGAGUAUGGUAGAUCAGUGGCACUGGAGAUUGUUAAAGAAAUUGUUCUCUUAUUGUUGCCUCURGUAAUCACACCUCUCCUAAUAUGGCUCGCGUUAUUUCUGCUGUGUACGUUUGUAUUUCGUGACAGAACCUACCCAGAUCUGACAGUAACUAUUGACAACAGGCGUUUGUUUGACAUUAUGUCAUAUUUCUUCUUCUUCUUGAAUAUCUUGGURGGGAUAUGGUCUGGACUUUCUCGUGUUGCAAAAGGUGCAGCUUUGGGCUUGGUAUUCCUGUGUCGACUUAAUCGUACAUCAUUGAUGACGGGCUAUAGGACAUGGGACAGAGGUUACAUGGCUUACAUUGGCUUCCUUAAUGUCCUUGUUGCAUUCAGACAUCCCGUCAUGCUUUGCUUCUGCCAGGUUUUGAUUGACGAGCGGAAAAAAGUGCAUUCAGGUUUGGCCACAAGCGACAGGCCCCGCAGAUCAACAAGAGCACUCAACCGGUGGUUCUUAGCAGUUUUGCUGAACCGAAACCCAAGUCUUUUGCGAUACAGAAAAAGAGAUGUGUUUGGAUCCAGGGAUACAUAUUCUUUCAGUAAUGCAGUACCAAUUGAAACCAAUUUUGAUUGCUCCUUAAGUACAGCACCACUAUUGUUAGGUUAG